CCUUUGGAUGCUUUUCAAGAAAUUCCUCUAGAAGAAUACAAAGGAGAAAGGUUUUGUUAUGGAUGUCAGGCAGAAUUGAAAGACCAGCAUGUCUACGUUUGUGCUGUGUGCCAGAAUGUUUUCUGUGUGGACUGUGACGUUUUUGUUCAUGAAUCUCUACACUGCUGUCCUGGCUGUAUUCAUAAGAUUCCAACUCCUUCAGAUGGCCAGUGCAGAGGAGGCACCUGAGGAGAAGACUUCCCAGCAUGAAUAUGGCUUGCUUUCAGCACUGUCUGGCUUUCUGGGCACAGAUCUAGUUCAGCUUAGAAAGGAAGUAGAUGAAGAGCAGCACAGAGCCCGCAAAGAGGUUAAGAAAGGUUUUAAUGCACACAUGCGCAACGAAGAAAAGCGGUUGAAGACUUUUAUGACCUAUAACUUGGACAGUUGCUGGACACCCCAGGAGAUGGCAGCUGCUGGCUUUUACUUUACUGGAAUAAAAUCAGAGAUUCAGUGCUUCUGCUGUAGCUUAAUCCUCUUUGACACCAAACUCUGGAAACUUCCCUUAGGAGAGCACAAGAAAUUUCAUCCAGAUUGUGAGUUCCUUUUGGGCAAAGACGUUGGCAACAUAUCCAAGUAUGAUGUAAGAGUGAAGAGCCCAGCCUGUGAGCUGAAAGGGGACAAAGCUAAGUACCAAGAAGAGGAGGCCAGACUGGAAUCCUUCCAGACCUGGCCGUUUUAUGUGCAGGGGAUACCCCCUCAGGAACUCUCUGCGGCUGGCUUUGCUUUCACAGGUAAAAGGGACACUGUACAGUGUUUUUCCUGUGGCGGAUGCUUAGGAAAUUGGGAAGAAGGAGAUGACCCUUGGAAGGAGCAUGCCAAGUGGUUUCCCAAAUGUGAAUUUCUUCAAAGUAAGAAAUCUUCCGAGGAAAUUGCCCAGUAUAUUCAAAGCUACAAGGGAUUUGUUGACGUAACGGGAGAACAUUUUGUGAAUUCCUGGAUCCAGAGAGAAUUACCUAUGGCAUCAGCUUACAACAGUGACAGUGUCUUCGCUAAUGAAGAACUACGCCUAGACACUUUUAAGAACUGGCCUCACAAAUUCUCUUCGAAAGUUUCACUUCUGGCCAAAGCAGGUCUCAUCUUCACAGAAAUUAAGGACAUUGUGCAUUGCUUUUCCUGUGGCUUGUGUAUGGAGAAAUGGAAAGAAGAUGAUGACCCAUUGAAAGAUCAUAUCAAAUAUUCUCCCAGUUGUCUAUUUCUCCAAAAUAUGAAAUCUUCUGCAGAAGAGAUGCCAGACCCUCAGAGUCAGCGUGAACAUUCUAAAGUCUUGGAAACCACAAAAGCAAGCAAGGAAGUUUCAGCAGCAGUUCAUUCUAGAGUGCCAGAGGAAGCGCCAAGGGAAAUGCAAUGGUUGCAGAAGGCAAAGAGACUGAGUGAACAACUGAGGGCAGCCUACAUCAAAGCUAGUUUCCGCCACAUGUCUUUGCUUGGGAUUUCUCCCAAUCAACCCACUGACAGAUUGCUGGGAUGUGAUCUGUCCAUUGUUUCUAAGCUUAUCAGCAGCCCAGCCCAAGAAGCCCUGAUGAUGCCCGAGGUCUUGGCCAACCUAAACUCCAUCAUGUGUGUGGAGGGAGAAGUAGGGAGCGGGAAGACAGUCUUCCUGAAGAAAAUUGCUUUUCUCUGGGCAUCAGGAUGCUGUCCGCUGCUGAACAGGUUCCAGCUGGUCUUCUUCCUCUCCCUCCGUCCUACUGGACAGGACAGGGGGCUGGCCAACAUCAUUCAUGACCAACUCCUAGACAAAGAAGAUGCUCUUACUGAAGAGUGCCUAAGGAACAUCAUCCAGCAGUUCAAGAACCAGGUGUUAUUUCUUCUGGAUGACUACAGUGAAAUGUACUCAAUCCCACAGGCCAUACAGAAGAUGAUUCUCAGAAACCACACAUCACGGACCUGCUUACUGAUCGCGACCCAUAGAAACAGAACCCGGGACAUCCGCCAAUACCUCCAUACAGUUCUUGACAUUCAAGAUUUUCCCUUCUAUAACACUGUGUAUAUAUUACGGACACUCUGCCCAUAUAAUUUUAUUCGUCUGCUAAAGUUUUAUGUUUACUUUGAAAAAAACCAAGAUGUACAGGGAAUUCAGAAGACGCCACUGUUCGUGGCAGCCAUCUGGGCUAAUUGGUCUCAGUACCCUUUACACCUGUUUUUUGAUGAUGUGGCAGUUUUCAAGUCCUAUAUGGAACAUCUUUCCUCGAGGGACCAAACAAACAAUGAAUCUCUCAAAGCAACAGUGUCCUUCUGUGGUCAGCUAGCCUUGAAAGGGCUUUUUGCAUCUCGCUUUGAGUUUGAUGUUGAUGACCUCAUGGAAGCAGGACUGGAUGAAGAUGGAAGUCUAACCACGUGUUUCAUGAGCAAGUUCACUGCCCAGAGAUUAAGACCAGUCUAUCGGUUUUUAAAUCCUGCUUUCCAAGAAUUUCUUGCCGGGAUGAAGCUGAUUGAACUCCUGGAUUCAGAUAGGCAGGAAGAGCAAGAGUUGGGAGUUUAUUAUUUGAAAGAAAUUAAUUCCUCCUUGAAGGCUGUAUUCCUCUAUAAGAAGUUUUUGAUUUAUGUCUCUAGCCAGCCUUCAACUAAGGUGGGACCAAAAUUGGUAUCUCAUUUGCUUCAGUUGGUGGAUCAUAACGAGUCAUUGGAGAGUGUAUCUGAAAAAGAUGAGUACCUGCAAAUCCAGCUGGAAAGUUCACCAUGCAUGCAGUUAAUGUGGGAUAUGUGGAAAAUCUAUCCAGAGACUUUCUUUGCAUAUGCUUCAUUGCGAUUACUGGAUCUUGCUUUAAAAGUCGCUUGUCAAAGCAGCACGAUGGCUACAUGUUCUCCAUUUUUCCUGCAGUUCUUUCAAGGAAGGACACUGGGUUUGGAAGAACUUGCAUCAGAGUACUUCUUUGACUAUCCAGAAAGCCUGUUAGUAUUGAAGAGCAUCAAAGUCACCCUAAAUGGGAAGGAGCCACCACCCUGGCUAUGUUUGCCAGACUUGGAAAGAUGUUACGACAAAUCACAGAUACCAGCCGUAGAUGCAGACUAUGCGGCUGCCUUUGAAUCUAUGAAGGAAUGGGAGCAAAAUAUUGCUGAGAAAAAAGAGACCAUACACAAGCAUCUGAGUAGGAGACUCACUAAGGCUCCCAGGCUCUGUGGAGGCUAUUGGAAACUGUCUCCCCCACCCCACAAGAUCCCUCUCCUGGAAGUCCAUGUGAGCAAUAUGGAUGCUGCCGACCAGGAAACGCUCAGAGUUCUCAUGACUGCUUUCUCAGUUUCUCAACGCAUUGAACUUCAUUUAACAAACAGCACCAGCUUCCUGGAAAGCAUCCGCCCAGCCCUUGAGCAGCACAGAGCCUCUGUCACCAGGUUUUCCAUAGACUGCUUUGAGCUCAGUGCAGCAGAGCAAGAGCUGCUUCUCAGCCUGCCUUUCUUGGAGUCUCUGGAUAUCUCAGAGACGGUCCAGCUGCAAGACCAAAUCUUAGCUAACUUGGACAAGUUCCCAUGCCUUAAAGAAUUAUCUGUGAAAUUAGACAAUCAACGAGAUGUAUUUUCAGUCAUUCCUGAAGAAUUCUCAAAGCUCCACCAUAUGGAGAAAUUAUGGAUUCAAAUUUUCUCUGAGAAGGAUUCCUCCAAACUGGUCAGGUUGAUUCAGAACUCUCCAGGCCUUCGUGUUCUCUGCUUGAAGUGCUGUGUCUUGGACUUUGAGUCUCUUAUGAAUGCACUUGUUUCAUGCAAGAAACUUGAAGAAAUUCAGUUUUCUGGACGAUGUUUUGAAGUCACCCCAUUUGUCACCAGUUUGCCAAAUUUUGCUUCCCUGAAGAUAUUAAAUCUUAAUCUGCAAUACUUCCCUGAUAAAGAAACAUCAGAAAAAUUUGCUUCAGCCUUGGGUUCUCUUACUAAGCUGGAAGAACUGAACCUACCCACUGGGGAUGGAAUUCAACAAGUGGCCAAACUGAUUGUCCAGCAGUGUCAACAGCUUCCAUGCCUCCGAGUCCUCUCCUUCUUCCAGACUUUGAGUGAUGAUAGUAUCAUGGGAAUUGCCCAGGCAGCCAUCAGUGGAGGUUUUCAGAAGCUUGAGAAGUUAAAUCUUUCACUCAAUCACAAGGUCACAGAAGAAGGAUACAGAACUUUCUUCCAGGCACUGGACAACCUGCCAGCUUUGCAAGAGUUGGACAUCUCCAGGUAUUUUACACACUGUAUCAAAGUGCAGGCCACCACAGUGAAGGCACUGAGCCAGUGUGUGCUACGCCUGCCGAGUCUCACCACACUCAGCAUGCAAAGUUGGCUCCUGGAUACAGAGGACAUCAUACUUCUCAAUAUCAUGAGAGAAAGACACCCUCAAUCUAAACACUUCACUAUUUUCUGGAAAUGUAUAUUACCAAUAGAGAAAUAGCUCACACAGAACAAACAAGAGUGAAUCUUAACCAGGAUCUGCAUGCACCUUUUUCCAAGCUAUUGCUUUACCUGUAUAAGAUCUCUUCGGGAUACUUGACCAAAAUUGCCGAGUACAGCUUGCUUAUGCACUACCAAUGGGAGAAACAAAUAAGGUCUAGGGAAAACUGCCUUUAUUCCAGUGGCUUUGAAGAAUUUACCAUAUAUUACUAUGGCUUUAACAUUUUCUUAGGAAUUCAUUCUACUCAAAAUCCAUGGUGUGGAUCUAUGGGUUUUAAGAAGACCAAACAGGGUUUUCUUUCAUUAAGAAUUUUUGAGGGGGUGGGCGCUGGUGGCUCACGCCUGUAACCCUAGCUACUCAGGAG